CUGUCUUAAUAAUGGCAGCUGAAGUGCGAAUGGUACUUUAUGAAGAUGAUUCAGUGCAAGUACAAUAUGCUGAUGGUUCCAAAUUGCAACUUUCUCCCUGUGGCUCUGAAUUUUUAUUUGAAAAGUCACCUCCUGUUUCAGCACAUCCUUUAGAACAACCAGAAAGAAUUCGCCAAAGGACACACUUUGUUAUUAGCACUUACCAAGAACAACUACAGCGAGCCCUAGAUUUUCGAAACUCUUCUGCUACUCGCCCUUUUUUAUCUGAAAACAUCAUACCUUCUGAAAGAAAAAAGCAUAUUUUCAUUGACAUCUCAGAAGUGAGAUGGUCCAGUCUUGAUGCAGAUGAUAGCUUGAUAUGUCUGGAGAGCGGUACCGUGAAGAUAACAUCUUUAGAUGGUCAUGCAUACCUUUGCCUGCCCAGAUCUCAGCAUGAAUUUACAGUACAUUUUUUGUGUAAAGUUAGCCAGAAGCCAGCGUCAUCUGUAGUAUUGUCAGCCCCAAAAGACAAACUAGUUGAAAAAACUGGCAAAAUCUGUACAUUUGGAAAUUUAUCAAGACAGAGACUGAAGAAUAAAGAAAAUGAACUUUAUUGCAACAUCAUGAAAUCCAAAGAACCUUUAAAGAAGAUGAGUUAUGUAAAUGGAACUGAAGGGAAGGAAGAGCUGCCUUCACCUGGUACAAAACACACAUGUGUAUACACGUGGGUAAAGCAACACUGGUCUGUGGCAGCCUGUCCAGAGGAAUGGAAAUAUCCUUUGUCUUUAGCUCUUCGUUUUCAUACUAAAGUUAGCAAUAUGUCUAAAAUUGAUGCACAUAUCACCCAGAGUAGAAUUUUAACUUCUGCUGUUUCAGAGGAAAGAGGAAAAGAGGUUUCUGUUCUUCCUAGGGCCUUGUUACUCAGCUGUCCUGUCCCACACCUGCACAGGUGGGAUUUUUGUAAUUCACUUUUGCAGAGACAGUCUGAUGAAGAAGAAUAUUCCUACCCUGAGCUAGUGAAAGUGGUUUGGUACAAGGGUGUUACAUAUAGACUUACCCAUCAAAAUAUGAAUUCAAUAGAGAUUUAUCCUGGAGAUGGAUCUUUUUUCAAAUCAGAAGGAGCUCAUUUGGGAAACUAUUUUACAUAUUGCUCCAUUCAAGAAAGAUCAGAAGAGAAUGAGUUGCUAGAAUUGGAAAAGGUCAUUAUUUGCAAAUGUUUAAGUAGUCUUUUUCAUGUUCACAGAAUUCUUCAACAUUGUGCGAAGAUGAGACUUUCUUUAAGCCAUAACUAUCGUGUAUGCUGCUGGAAAAUGGUACCUGGGAUAAAUGAGAGCAAUAUAUUGCCUUUGCGUUUGAAAGAAUCACUCAUACCCAACGUGGGAAGAUUUCUUGCCUACUCUGAUGACAAAGUAUAUGCUAUCUUUUUAGAUGGCAUUAGUCUAACUCUAAAUUGGAAUUUCAGCUCUUCUGUUGAAAAGAGACAGGUAAAUCAAGGUCUUAGCUUAGGUUGGUGUAAGUUAACUUUUCCUGAUGGACAAGAUCAGUUAAUUCAAAUUGAGCACCCUGGACCAUAUGAAAGAUAUGUGACAACAGUCAUAUCAUGGUGCAGAAGGCUGACCCAGACUAGUCCCAGAGAGAUGCCUGCACAUCCUUCAUCUUCUGUUCCUGAAGAAAAUUGGUCUGUUGCUUCUGAACUUGAAAAAAUACAGAAGUUUAACUUGCUCCUGGAGAACAGUGGUGUCCUAAACCAGAUUUCUAAUAAGAAAAAUGAACUGUCUUCUGAUCAUUAUAAACCAAGAUCUACAGAAACUUUGCUAGAAGAAGUUAAUGAAAAGAGAGUAUCAGUAGCAUUGAAAAAAACUUCUGAAAUCCUUCAGGAUAUUGACUGUCUUCUGUCAAACUCUAAAAAGUGA